AUGAGUGGCUAUCGGAGUCUUCAUCGAGAAACACUCGGGAAAUACCCAAUCUGGAGUUUGGCAGCAAGUGCUACAUUGAAAAAGAAAUCAUCGGCAACUAAUGCAUCCAAUGAUUGGCGCAUCUUUGCAGCCUGUGGUGAUGGCAUCGUCCGAGGCUAUUUGGUGGGAGAAAAAUCCUUGGAGGAAAAAGGCGAUACACUAGAUGCCUCUGCUUGCACGUUAACUGUAACCACUCUAUUUUUGGGUAAGGAACAAACAGUUCCACCAGAAAGCGAGGAGGAGCCAAUGGUCUUAGGAUGCACCCAAGUCGAAGUGGCUCGCAACUAUGUGGGAGACGACGAUUCGGCGGGAGACUUGCUAGUGGCGUCCAUGGAUUUGGCAGGCCGCGUUAGAAUAUGGCAGAUAUCAGAAGAUGCGGAUGGAGAAUCAUCAUCUAGCAGCAGUAAUGAAAAAACAACACUAAAAGCAUUGCAAGAAUUUGAUGUCGAACAAGCCACUGGAACCUGCAUGCGGAUUGUUGCACCCAAAAUUGCCGGUGUGGGCGACGUCUGUGUGGCAGUGGCGAGACUGGAUGGAACAGUGGCUUGUAUUGCUACAGGUCUAGUGACACCCAAGGCCACCAAGGAUCCAAAGCCUGCUGGAAGCAUUCUGGAAACAUGGGGCAAGCCUGGAUCCAUUGCCAUGAGUCUCGCAUGGCAUCCAUCCAAGAAAUUCUUGGCGAUUGGACGACAGGAUGGCCUUGUCGAAUACUUGGAAGAUAAACCUCAUCGAUUGAUAAUGCAUCAUACACCAGUCCGAGCAUUAUCCUUUACUCCCGAUAGUUAUUUGUUGGUGACUGGAAGUGACGAAGGUAUGAUCGCCAUUUGGGAUACCUCCCGACCCAACCCUGCCUUGGUUCAUCACGUGAUGGAUGCGCAUAAUGGAAGUUGGAUUUUAAGUUUGGCAGUCAUGUUGGAUUCUAGACGGUUUGUCACGGGGUCGGUGGAUUCCACACUAAAUGUGUGGAAUGUGGGUCAAAUUGAUCGGGCCAUGCAUACCUUUUCGUCGGAUGGGGCGGUAUGGUCUUCCAGUGUUCUACAAGAUCCUCCACGACUAGUGGCGGGCAACAACAAGGGUGGCCUACAAAUAUAUUCGCUAGAACCAUAA